AUUUAUUUGUUUCUACUAGCAGCAAAACAUUGGCAUCGCCGCGUUCGCGUAGCGAUGCGCGUCAGUAUUAGCACGCUCGCGUAGUUUCCCUCGAGUGUUUCAAGUUACGGGAAUAUAAAGGCUGGAGAAUGAAGCGGCGCAAUGCGGACUGCAGCAAACUCCGUCGCCCGUUGAAACGGAACCGAAUCACCGAGGGUAUUCACAGCAGUACCUUCCUUUAUCUGAAGUUUCUGGUCGUUUGGGCACUCGUCCUGUUGGCGGAUUUUGUGCUAGAGUUUAGGUUCGAGUACCUGUGGCCUUUCUGGCUUUUCAUCAGAAGUGUUUACGAUUCCUUUAGAUAUCAGGGAUUGGCGUUCUCUGUAUUCUUCGUAUGCGUUGCGUUCACAUCGGACAUCAUCUGCCUGCUCUUUAUCCCUAAACAAUGGCUGUUUUUCGCCGCCAGCACAUACGUGUGGGUGCAGUAUGUGUGGCAUACAGAGCGAGGCGUGUGUCUGCCCACUGUCUCCCUCUGGAUUCUCUUUGUAUACAUCGAAGCAGCCAUCCGUUUCAAGGAUCUGAAGCAUUUUCAUGUAGACCUUUGCCGUCCCUUCGCUGCUCACUGCAUCGGCUAUCCGGUGGUGACGCUGGGCUUCGGCUUCAAGAGUUACGUGAGCUAUAAGAUGCGUCUGCGCAAACAGAAGGAGGUGCAGAAGGAGAAUGAGUUCUACAUGCAGCUCCUUCAGCAGGCCCUGCCUCCAGAGCAACAGAUGCUGCAGAGACAGGAGAGAGAGAGCGAAGACGCUGCCUCAAAAAGCCCAUCAGAAGCAGACACCAUGUCGGUAGCUCAAAACAGCAGUGACGGUACCAAGAAGCCGCCCGUCUCUUUGCCCGAACUGGAGUACAAAGACAAGGGCAAAGAUGGAGGGAAAGACAAAAAACAGCACCAGCACAGCAUAGGAAUAAACAACAACAUUCUCCAAACUGUUGAUGCAAAACUACAAGACAUUGAGUACAUGGAGAACCACCUAAACUCUAAGAAACUCAACAAUGAGUUAGGCGGCAGUGCCGAGAACCUGUUCCUUAAAGAGGAGGUUGGCGGAGGCUCCGCCCCCUCCAAGCAUUACAAAAAUUCCUCCCCCCAUAGCCACAACUCCACCAAUGGGAGCGUUCCGUCCUCGUCCAAUAGGAGCGAAAAGAAACAGAAGUGUGCGGGGAAGAAUCUCGCAACUCACAGAGAUGUGAUGGAGAACUGUAUACCUAACAACCAGCUCAGUAAGCCGGACGCGUUAGUGCGGCUUGAGCAGGACAUAAAGAAGUUGAAGGCAGAUCUGCAGGCGAGCAGACAGGUGGAGCAGGACCUGCACAGUCAGAUCAGCUCUCUGAGCAGUUCGGAGAGGAGCAUGCGCUCUGAGCUGGGCCAACUCCGUCAGGAGAACGAAUUACUGCAGAACAAGCUCCAUAACGCUGUGCAGGCCAAGCAGAAGGACAAGCAGAUGAUCGUGCAGCUGGAGAAGCGGCUCAAGGCGGAACAGGAAGCGCGGGCCGCAGUCGAGAAGCAGCUCGCCGAGGAGAAGAAGAGAAAAAAGAUGGAGGAGGCCACAGCCGCACGUGCCGUCGCUCUGGCUGCCGCCUCCAGGGGAGAGUGCGCAGACUCGCUGAGGAGUCGCAUCCGUGAGCUCGAGUCUGAAUGCAAGAAGCUCACACAUGACAUGAAGCUUAAAGAGGAGCAAAUCAGAGAGCUGGAGUUCAAAGCGCAAGAGUUGCGUAAAUAUAAGGAAAACGAAAAGGACACAGAAGUUCUGAUGUCUGCGCUGUCAGCCAUGCAGGACAAAACUCAACACCUGGAGAACAGUCUGAGUGCUGAGACCAGAAUCAAACUGGAUCUCUUUUCUGCACUUGGUGAUGCCAAGAGACAGCUAGAGAUCGCUCAAGGUCAGAUUCUUCAGAAGGAGCAGGAGAUUAAAGAGCUGAAGCAGAAGAUCGCGGAGGUCAUGGCUGUCAUGCCCAGCAUCACGUACUCGGUCGAGACUAAUAACAUGACCCCCGUCACUCCACACUACUCAUCCAAGUUUAUGGACACUAGUCCUUCAAGCUUGGAUCCCAAUGCCUCGGUGUACCAGCCAAUGAAGAAGUGAAUGUCCACAUGCACAUAGUUUCCUCUAGAAUUCGACUAAAAGUUCAGUAUGCAAAUGGGACGGGGUAGUAUUUUUGUUCGUUUUACCCCCUCCUUUGUUUUUAUGACUCUUUUUGUUGUCGAUUCAGUAUGUAAGAUGAAAAGGGACGUCACAUUGACCAGAACUGCCCUCUUUGUAUUGAAGAAUAUUUUUGGAACUCUUAAAAUCUUUUCUUAUAAAUGGCACUUAGGCUGUCGUGGUUCGAUUUUAUUAGUACCUCCUCCUCUUUGUGUUGAACAGAAGCAUUUUCAAUUUUUCCGUGGUAUAAAACCAUCUUUAAGUUGAAUGUAAAAAGAAAAGGGAAAGCGUAUUCAAAUAAGAGAAGGUAUUUGUGAUGGAAAAAUGUUGUGGGAGUCAUUGUUUGAAAAUGCAUUUCAGUGUUGUACAUCAUCUUGUGUUUGAGGGGAUAAAAGUGUUUCAUUACAGACAUUGAAUCUGAAUAAGAUAUUGUUUGGGUUUCUGAAAAGCAUUGGUCUCUCCCUCCAGUGCUGUUUUUUAAGUUCAUAUUUGUAUUUCCAAGAUUUAAAAACGCGUAUUUAAAAGGGACAGAUCUUCAUAUUGUAUUCGUUGACAAAAUGCUGCAUAAAUAUUUGGGAAUGUGUUUGUAUUUUGCAAGUCCUUUUUGUUACCGGACAAAAUUGAAAUAGAAUUUAGUUGAGAAGCUGAAAGGCAUAUGAUGUCUUAACAGUUUUUUUUGCCAGUUGUUAUGUUUCACAGUGCCUUGAAAUAUCUUGUUGAAAUCUAUUCCCACACACCUCCUAUGCCAUGUCCACUCACCUGAUUGGUCAACUGUCUUGUUUGCAUGUUUUGUCAGGGAGCAAACUAGUCACUGAUGGUCCUCCGUUUCUGCCUUUCAUUUAAAUGAUCCUGAUUUAUGCCAUGUAUAACACCGCCGAAUGUUUAAAUUCGGUCAGACGUGCCAAUUUUUGCUCCUUUUGCAGCACUUAAUAUCAUUGCGGAUAAUGCAAUGUACACGUGGAGGAUGACGUCUAAAAUCAUCCCAAUGUUUCAUUACAAAGUUUGUCACUGUGGUUUAUGGUUUGUGUUAUGAUUCAGGCAUAAUAUGCUUGUUUGGUUUAAUCCUGGUUUUACAGCUGGAAUUUUUUGUCUACCUUGGGAAAGUAUUCAUGUGGAAUGCAUUUGGUGUUUUUAUGGUCAACUUUGUGGAAAGUAAAGAACACGCUUUUGUUUCUCA